AUGGCUUAUAAUGAGUUUAUAUAUGAGAAAGCUAUGGACAGACUCAGAAAACUCAAUAUUGAGGCUGCAAAUUGGUUGUUAGAUCCUGAAAGGCCUAAAAGCAUGUGGGCAAGACAUACUAUUGACCCUGAUUGCAAAUCUGAUCAUGUAACUAACAAUAUUUGGGAGGCCUUUAAUAGCUGGUUGGGAGACGAUAGAAAGAAGACAAUUCUGUCUAUGAUUGAGUCUAUUACUUGCAGAUUGAUGAGUAGAUUUCAAAGGAUAUAUGAAAAAGGGUGUGGGUUUGAAAAUAUUGUGACACCUAGGAUUAGAAAGGGGAUUGACAUUAAGAUGCAAGAUGGAAGAUUUUGUAUUGUCACAUAUGCAGGCAAUGGCGAGUUUCAAGUAAAAGAUGGGUUCACCACUUUUGUAGUAAAACUGAGGACUAGAGAAUGUGGUUGUAAUUAUUGGAGGCUAUCUGGUUUACCUUGCAAGCAUGCAUGUGCUUGUAUUACCUACAAGAGAGAAAAUGUGGAGAUGUUUUGUGAUGAGGCUUACACUACUAGAAUUUAUUGCUUAUCUUACACUGAGAUUAUACAUCCCAUGCCUGAAUUGGAUACCAAUAAUAGAGGUUGUUAUGGGAAGAUUGAUCCUCCUGCAUUGAAGAGGCUACCUGGAAGGCCAAGAAUUAAUAGAAAGAGAGGUACGACUGAAGGUCCAGCUGGGUCAUAUGCAAGAAGAUCAAACACAAUUAGGUGUGGAAAUUGCAAGGAAUUUGGACAUAAUGUUUUGGGAUGUCAGAGAGAUAAAACCAAAAAACAGAAAAAACUUAUGGUAAGACGGGCAAAGGAUAGUCAAGCAAUGUCUUCUUCAAAUCAUGGUACUUUAGUUCAAACUCGUGUGAGCAGUCAAGAUCCAUCCCGUUCAAGCCAAGUGCUCAUGAGCAAUCAAGUUUUUAGUGAAAAUAUCAAUUGA